AUGUCUGUCUUACCAGACCACCUGCCAUUUGUGUUUUUGGGGUCACAGAGUUUAAUAGAGUGUGACUGUAGCUAAUACAGAGUGUGAAUAUAGCUAUAUAAAAAAAUCAGCAGUAUGUAACAGUAAUUGCUGACACUUAUUAAGCAUUUGAUGUGUGUCAGGGACAUGUUCUUAGGUCCUAACCUGAUUUAUUUUUUCAAAAAGAAAAAAGAAAAGUAAAACGGUUUUUAUUUGUUGUAAUUUUCACCAAAACCGAAUGAGAUGGGCGUUCCACAUGUAACAGUUAAGGAAAAUGAAGCGCAGGUUGAAUAUACUUCAGGCAAGGUUUUUUUCACCACUUGUUCUGACUUGAAUGUGCUGAAGAAAUUAAAAUCAGCAGAAAGACUAUUUUUGCUUAUUAAAAAGGAAUUUCCACUUACUGUUUCUUCUGUAAGUAAAGGAAAAAUAUUUAAUGAAAUGCAAAGAUUUAUAAAUGAUGACCCAGAAUGUUGGUUGAAUGCCAUUUCAAUUUGGAAAAAUCUUCUUGAACUUGAUGCAAAAAAGGAAGAAUUUCCUCAAAACGAGGCUAAGCCACUAAAAAGAAAAACAGGAGAAAAUGAAAUGAUCGCUGCUAAAAAAUUAAAAAUAGAACAAAUGCAAGAGAAAGAAGAGAAUAGGAAAUGCCAGCUGGAAAAACAAAUAAAAGGAGGAACUCUAGAGCAAAGAGAUUUUAUCACUAAAAGAGAAAAUUUUCAAGAAGAGGAAUUUCAGAAAGAUACAGAGAAAGCAACGGUAACUCAUGACCAGAACAACUUGACUUUCAGAGUUUCUUGUCGCUGCAGUGGAACUGUUGGAAAGACAUUCACUGCCCAGGAGGUAGGAAAAGUAAUUGGAAUUGCUCUUAUGAAACAGUUUGGAUGGAAAGCAGAUUUGAGAAAUCCAAAUUUAGAGGUCUUUAUACAUCUGAAUGACAUUUACUCUGUGGCGGGGAUUCCUGUGUUCAGGGUUCCUUUGGCCAGCAGAGCUUACAUCAAGACAGCUGGGCUGCGAGCUACCACAGCAUGGGCGAUGGCGUCUCUCGCUGAAAUUAGGGCUGGUGCAUUUGUUUUAGAUCCGAUGUGUGGACUGGGAACAAUACUUUUAGAAGCUGCUAAAGAAUGGCCAGAUGUGUAUUAUGUGGGUGCUGAUGUCAGUGACUCCCAGUUACUAGGUGCAUGUGACAAUCUGAGAACUGCAGGCCUUAAGGAUAAAAUUGAGUUACUUAAAGUCUCUGUUAUAGAAUUGCCUUUGCCUUCAGAAAGUGUGGAUAUUAUCAUUUCUGACAUUCCAUUUGGGAAAAAGUUUAAAUUAGGAAAGGACAUCAAAAGCAUUCUACAAGAAAUGGAGAGAGUGCUUCACGUUGGCGGAACCAUUGUAUUGUUGCUUAGUGAAGAUCACCACAGGCGCCUUAGGGAUUGUAAACAGAGCAGCAUCCCUUUAAAGUCCAAGAACAGUCACACAGAUGAACCUGGAAUUAAAAAGUGCUUGAAUCUUGAAGAAACAACUGGUGUAUCAGAGACAGAGUUGUAUUCAUUUGAAGCCAAUAACCAGGAGUGCCUAGACAAAAUCUCACCAUUUGGCUCUUUGGUACCAGUAGAAUGCUACAAAGUUGGCCUUGGAAAGACAGAUGCAUUCAUAUAUAAAUAUAAGAAGUCACACUCUUCACUGUAACAGGCUGGCUCCCAUCAGCCGGGUUCAAGUCCUUACUUGUUAGCUGUAGCGCAGGAGAAGUUUGCUGUCUCUGGGAUUCUUUAUGGUGUCCACAGAGUUCCAAGUAGCAAAUUCCCCUUAAGACAGGAUGGUAUCUUAAGAUGAUUAACCACCUUUUUCAUAAGAGUUUCUGCUGUAAUAUUUUUAACAAAGAACAAUUAGUAAAUAUUUUUAAAAGACUCUUAAGUUUUACAUUCUGUGAGAAUGUGAAAGGAUCUGUUCUGUCCUGCAUUUCUGAGCAAAAGUGUCAACUUCAAAAUGAAAGUUUUCAAGGGUUACAUAAAUAUCAUAAUCAACACAAGGUUGGUGAUAUUUUAAUUAGCAGAUUUUUAGAAAUAUAAAGUUAUCAAAAUAACUUCUUUUCACAUUCAACUUGUUUUUUGAGUCUAAUUUUCAUUGGAGUGAAAAUAAUUUGUAUUUUCAAUUUGUUUUAUAUGUUUCAUAUUAUGUAAAACAUCAGUGAGAAUAUUGUCAGUAUCCUUCAACAUGAUGGAAAAUGACAUUUGCUUUUUUUCCAAACGCAUUAAUAAAUUGUCAUUUCACCCUUAUU